AUGAAACGCCGAUGGCUUCUCUUCGAAACUCUUUUGAGUAUAAUUUUGAUAUUGAGUCGAGAAGUGAUUUGUGAUGUGACAGAAACAACAGAUGAAUUGUCAAAAUUGAUUGACUCGAUCGAGAAUUUCCCACGGGCUACGAUACCCGAAUUGGAGGAAUUGGAUCAAUUAAGCGAAUUGGAAGAAGCUCUCGACAAUGAGAACAACUCAAAGGAUCAAGAAUAUGCUGAGGAAUUACUCAAAGCAAUCAAAUCGGUUCGCGAGAAGUACGACGAGUUGCGCGAGAAAUGGCAAAGCACAAUGCAAAACGAGGAGAGAAAUGAGGAAAACGGGGAAAAGGAUGGAGAUGGAUUAGAGGAAACACAGCAACUUCUAUCCAUCAGUCAAUUCAAUCACGAUUCGAUACACAAAUCGAAUUCAUUCAAAAAACCCCUCGGACCUUUGUCGAGAGCCCGGGCCUUCUCAUCGCAUACAAUCUUUCAAACGCCCAUUUCCCCGCCGUCUGGAUGGGCCGAUUUCGAGAAUGACGCAGAGUUUGAGGAGAUUUCUGCACCCGACAUGAAGAUCCCUGAAUCGGAAAUAGAUCGAAUGGAGGAACGAACCACGACUUUCUCGAAUGUGCAAUUCAUUCCAAAAGAGGAAAUCGAGUUCUCUACUUCAUUUGUUACGACGAAUAACCCGAUUACGAUUGCUUGGAAAUCGAGGACCCAACCACCCCCACCAAAAGCUCCACUCACAUGGACAUCACAAUUCAUCCCGAAAAGUGCUAAAGAAGAAGCGAAUGAAAAGAAAGAUUUACCGUGGAAUGAUCCAAAAGGAAUUGAAAUAGAGAUCACGGCUUUGAUGGAUCUUUGGGAGAAGGGACCAUUGAGUGAGAGAUUGAGAGCGGCUGAUGAUCAAAGGAUUGAGAGAAUUCUAUCAAAGAAAGAUCUGGAUCGACACGCAAAGAAUAUCCUGCUUGGGAAACGCCGCCUUCGUCGUCUCCUCAUUCUAUCAAGACUUUUCGAGGAUCGAUCAAGAAUUUUGAUUCUCAUCGAAGCUCAGCGACAUGCUUUAAAAGAAACCAUCAAAAGAGCACAACACCGAAUACCGAAAAGCGCACCGAAACAAGAGAGAAAAGAUCAAAUCCGUCAAGUGUCUCGUUCUCGUGUCAGUAAUCCACCGAGUCAAAUGUUCGAGACAAGAUGGCCGGCCGUAAGGGAGAGUUUCCAGGCUCCGGUAUUCAACCCGUCGACGGACACCCUCGACACAGCCGUCGAGCGGGGCUUUGUGGAAACCGAUCCGGAGUUUUUUGGGAGAAGGCCAAGAAGAAAAUUGAAUAAUCGACCAAGCGGUCAAACGACGAAUCCUCUUUUUGCGCGAUUGUUAAAAGUACAGAAUCGGAAAGGAAUUGAUGAAAGAAAUGCAAAAAUCAUUAGCCUUCGCGGAGAAUCGUCGCAAAGUGAGGAAACGGGACGGAGAAAAGGACCCCUCAAAAUGGCGAACAAUCAUAAAACGACUGAAAACGUAAAAAAGAUUCGACACGGCGACUCGAGAGAGAAAUCUGAAGAAACGGAAAGAGAGAUUGAAAAUGUCGAGAAACCGAAAGCUGUCAAGAUCAGAAGCUCAAAGCCCGAUCCAAGUGAAAUCCUCGAAAUGUGCCAACAGAUUGAGUGCGAUUUUGAGAAAGGCGAUCUCUGCAAUUGGGAAUCCUCCGCUGAUCAACUCGACGAAUUUGAGAGAAGACAUAAAAGAGAAGAGGAAUUCUCGAUUCGAUCGUGGAAAAAUGUUGGCGGAAGACCUGAUAGAGCGAAAGCGAUGGAGAGAAAUUCCGUUUUCUCAUCGAUUAACACCCAUUUUGCUGGAGCGUACGUGAACGGGAGUCAAGUGGCAACACUCACAACUCGGAUCACAAAACGAAUCCCGAUCUCCGUUCGAUUUUUGGCCUGGGAAGCGACAAGAAUGCUUCGUCUGCGGAUGUGCUGUGACGAUUUUUGCCCAUUUUCAACAGAAGAGGGAGUGAAGAGAGGACACCGGAAAUGGAUUGCACACACAGUGAUCUGUCCAGCGAACACUAAACAGAUUACAUUCGAGUGUGUAAACACAGGCGAGUGGUCGGGUCGGUGUGGCCUCGAUUCGAUUCAUUUCCCUCAUCCACAAUGCCCACAACUUCUUCCAUUGGAAAUCGAAGAUGAUCAA